GCCCUCGCAGAGUCGCAGUCGCUCUCUGCUGCUCUUAGGCUCUUCUCGAAGCCUUUUACUCUUCCCAGUUCCCACUAACCACCAGCACCGAAGACUUCUUCCCAAUUCCCAGCAAGCACCGACCCAACAGGCAGCAGCGUUCUUCCCAGCAGAGCCCAGCGUCGCCAGCGAGCACCGACCCAGGAACGUUCUUCCCAGCAACGCCGAGCCCCCACCCAGCACAGCACCAGCCAGCAGCCUUCUUCCCGCCGAUUCAACUGAGAUAUGGAGCCCGAGCCUCCUAGUCAGGAGCUAUUUUUGGUUAUACAGUAUAUUUUAAAUAGAGGGAUAGCAUGGGCUUGAAGUUCCUUUUCAAAGGAGCCCAAUCUAAGCCCAAAAGCCCAAACCAUCAAAAUUUCAAAAAAGCUUGUCGUCCAAAAAAGAGCGGGGGAAAAGUCAUAGCUUUACGGGAGCAGAGGACAAGGCGAUGGAGAAGUCGAAAAUGGUUGAAGCAGGUGGCAAUAACAACCAUUCUUCUUCAAUGGAAACGGGAUUCGGAAACAACUUCUCCGAUUUGACCAAGUCCUUCAGUUUGGCCCUUCGUUCUCUCCUCACUUCUUGCUCCAACCAGGAGUUCAAUCAAGCUUUCUCAACUUUUACUGAUACCGAAACACAAUUUCUUCAUCGUCUAUUUCUUCAGCUCAUCACUUCUUUGCAUGAAAACAUAGAGGAAGAGUUUAAGUCAAUCUGCCUUCGAACAAAGGUAGGAGCCACCCUCGAUGCGGUUGAGGAAGUCAUAGAAGAAAGAGAUCUCGAUCCCUUAUUUUCAGAGAGGAGUAACAUAAUGGAUGUUGCUGAGGAUCUGUCUGCGGCAAAGAAGAAUGAAAUUCAACAUCUAAAGGAGAUGGUGCAGUUGGGAGAGGAAAAGAAUCAAAUGCUUCGAUCACGAUUACAACUCCUUAGGGAAGGCAGACAAGUCUCGUCUGGUGCUUUCCAAGCUGUUGAGAAGUUCAGAAGCAUGAAUUUGAGCUAUGGUGCUAACAUCAGUGACAAGUGAUGGGAUCCAUGACAUGAUGUACUAUGUUUCAUCCUCUUGUAGAUCAUUCCUAUAAGGUUGUGUAGUUUUUUUGAAGAUUCAAAUAUUCAGUGUUAGCAAAGUACCUUUCUAUAGAAUCAUUACAAGUACUUAAAUCACUUCACAGUGCUUGGAAGUUUAGCAAACACUCAACCAGUUUUUCUUAUCCAUCUGACAUUAUUUCAUUUAAAAAUUCCAUACGAUCUUGUCAUGUAUGGGCUUUACCAUUGAUUAAGAAAGCGGAGCAUGCAACCCA